AUGUCAGGCUUAAUGUCAUCCCGGGUGACAUCCUCGUCUAGUCUUACUCCUACCAGGAACUCUGGGGACAACUUGUUAUUCCUACCGUCAACUCCUAGCACACCUUCACGUUCACAAGCACAAACUUCUUGGCCCUGCUCUGAUUCUGCAGAGGACAUGCUUGUGAGAGAGAAUGUGAAGCGGCUGAAGUCUCUUGGAGUGGAUCUGUGCAGAACUCACAAGCUGCCGCCGAGAACUUUGGAUAAAUUUGCUGAGCUUGCCACAGAUGUCAAGAUGUUAAUGGAUAUCAAGUGCCACCUUAUCUCACUCAAAACUGCUUUUUGCACUUCAGAACGCAAUAAGGUAUUGGUCCAUCUCGAGUCUGUGGACUUUUGGAAACUCCUCAAUGAUCGUUUGCGUGUGCGUUUACUCUCCCCGGACCUGACUGCCUACAUUACAGACCUGGCUGACCAUGUCUUUGAUAUGCUCGAGAAAAAUCCAAGUCUAUUCAAAUUAUGGACCGGGAUACAAAAGAAACAAAAUAUAGCAACACUUGCAAAAUCCCUGGUGCCCGCUGGAUUGAUGGAUAUGACAUUGACUCAUUGGGCGAGAAUAGCUUUCUUACGUUCAGCUCUUAUAGAGUUCCGAAGAUUAAUUGCCUUGCAGGGAUCUGAAGAAAGACCAGCCAAUGAAAACAGUGCUCUUGAAUAUGGAGACAAUGUCUGGAAGGAUGAACAAUUCUGGGUAUAUGUUGAUCAACUGCUGGAUGAGGCUCGCAAACAGACUCGGAAUGGUGCUUUAUCUACAGAGGAGUGGGAGGAUACAGUGAAAGAUUUGUUCACAGAGAUCCUCCAAGUGGAUAUGGCUACAUAUUCUGAGCCUGGAAAGCUCAUUCCCCCGUCAACACUGUGA